AUGACGUGGCAGCGUGUGCUAAGCGCUGGUGAGAUGGCUGAGGUCUGUAUGAUCUACCCGGACGGCUGCGACAGUGAGGAGGUGAAGAGGAUGUGUGAACAGAGAACAGAUAAGCACACCCUGGGUAACUGCACAGUGCGCUGGGCCUACAUCCUGGCUAUCAUCAGCAUCAUAGACUCUCUCAUCCACUCCUUCCUAGCAUUGUCCCUGGGGAACAGACAGGACCAACUACUGCCUGACAUCUAUCAGCUGGAGGGGAAAGAAAAAGACAAAGGUAUGGAGAGAUGA